AUGGAGCAGAUCAUCUCGCAGCCCACCAGGAGGGCGCAGGGGACGCGCGACGGGCAGUGUGAGCGGGGGGAGGGCGCAGCAGCAGUGGAAGGGCAGUCAAACGAGGUGGAGGUGCUGAGGCGGAUGGUGGAGAGGAACCCCGACGCCAUCCGCUUCCAGCUCGAAGUUGACAUUGGCAAAGUGCGGAUAAGGACAUUGGAAGAGCAGGUGCAAGCAUGUAUUAGUGAGGCGAACAAGCUGUUGGCAUUGGAGCAUCUGAACAAAGCGCUGAGGGAAGAGCUGCAGGAGGCGCUUGAUAAGCUUGAGAUGCAGAGGGGCCAAGGCGAGGUGCUGCAGAGGGAAAAGGAGGAGCUUCGGGUGAAAUGUGUUCGAAUGGAGGAACAGGCGCAGGUGCAGUGUGGAGUGGCAGAGGCCAAGGUUGGUAUGCUGCUGCAGCAGGUGGCAGCCUCUCAGCAGGCAGAGCUGGCUCUCAAGAUGCAAGCUGUGGAGCAGGACGGAGAGAGAGCUGCUCUUGCACGGGAGUUGAGCGCAUGCCAAGCAGCGCAGGCUAGAAGUGCCGCUGAAAUUGAAAGAAUCGUCGCUGAGAGGGACAGAUUUGCUGGAGAAGCAGCACAGUUGCGCGUAGAGCGGGUGUUGAUGCAAAAGCAGAUGGAGGCUCUGGUGGGGGAGAAGGCACGGGCUGAGGAACGGGCAGCAGAUGCAACAGCUGCUGGGAGAGAGGAGGAGAGGGAGCUGGAAGGGCAGAGAACGGCGUUGGAAGAGACAGUGGAGGAGAUGAAGAGAAUGGAGGUGGAGAUGGAAAAUGUUGGAAAGGAGAACGAGGGGGUGUUGGAAGAGCAGAGGAGGGCGCCGGAGGAGGCGAUUGACGGGAUGAAAGAGGUGGAGAUGAAAGAGGUGGAGAGACAAGGGUUGGAGCUGCUGUGGGCUGCAGUGGAGCAAGGUGCAGGGAACAGUGGAGCUGAGGGUGACGGUGCUGUGGCACCAAACGUGGGAGGUGGCGGUGAUGAUGGUGUGGAGACGUGUCACCAAUUCAAGAUGCCGUACGCCUUUGGUGGCACAUACCUUACUGUAACAUGGGACGUGGCGAUGACUUUAAAUCGAGGACAAUGGUUGGCUGGAGCUGUUAUUGAGUGGUUCGGCUUGUAA